AUGCUCGGUAUCCCUACGAAUUUGAAUACUUCAUGCAUUUCAGUUCAACAGCGCACUUCAGCCGAGGCUGCACAGGCUCGCCACGACAUUGUACAGCACACGAGGCGUAUUGCGUUCAGGGCUUCAUGGGGAGUUACGCCUUUUAAUAAGGCCGACUUCUUGGAUGCCGUCUUUGGUGCUAACCGUUCCUCCUGUACACCAUACACCAAGCGCCUACCGAAGUGCAGGAUUGAGGCUUCCGCGUCGAGGGCUCGAGGCAUCGUGGCGUUUGCCGUGCCUUCAUCGGUUGCCACGAUGAAGCCCCUGAACGCCUCUCAGCCGCUUUCUAUGAAAGCUGGCAGUCUCAGCUUUUUAAGCGCCUUCGCACACUGCCGCAUGAGCAAUAAGCCCGCUCUGUGGGCGGCCGUCCGCAACGAAUGCCUAAUUUUAAAAGCCAACAGCGACUACAUUCUGGCGAGGUGUACGUGCCUUAGUGGCCAAAGUAGCCACCUCCACCACACAUGCUGGGGCUGUUGCAGCAACGGCCUCAAGGCGGCCGAACGUCGCUUCCACAGCACGCCUUCCAAGCAGUCUCCGACAGCACCAGGAGCAGCAGCAGAAGCAGCAGCGGUGUCACCACCAUCGGCAUCUGACACGUGCACAUCCGAGGGGCCUCCAGUUAGUGACCGUCCCGCAAUGCCAGCUAGGGGAUGGCUGCUCCUGUGUUGCGGCGCUUCGCUCUUCUUCGGAGGUGUAGGCAGCACCCUGUGGCUGCUCCUUGACCAUCCAGAGCCCCUCAGCCAUGCCUGGGAUGCGGUAAAGAAGGACCCGCGUGUCCGUGAAGCGUUGGGUGGCGAGAUCCGAAGGAACUGGUGGUGGGGAGGCUAUAUCCACGAGAAAGAUGCCAGGAUUAAAAUGACAGUUUCAGGCCCCACUGGACUCCGUGGAUAUGUAACAUGCGAUCUUAUGAGGAGGCCAGACGGGCAGUGGCAGGUCCUUUUGCUGAAUUUCGUGUGCCUUGAUUCAGAGACCCAGCAAACUACGCAAAAUCCAAUGUCUGGUGUUGUGGCGCUCGUUCCUGACCAGCUACCCCGCUCUCAACAGCACCGAAAUUUCUUACGAGGCUGCCCAAUAGCCGCCCUCCCCACAGAGGCGCAAGAAGCUUCGAAGGACGCCCACUCUUCUCAGCAAGGCACAACGAGCAGCAGCAGCAGCAGCAAUGGUACUGGGAGCUGA